AAGUGAAAAAAAGAUUCUGUAAAAAAAAUAAAGGGAAAAAAAAGGAAAUCUGAACCAUGAUAGAGUGUCUUAGUAAAGUACGCUUCGAAGGCAAGAGAUCGAAACAGAAGCGUGGAAGUGUGUUCUCUUCUCGGCAACAGCAGCUCAGCAAAAGCUCGAGCUUCGAGCUGUUUCAGCUUCUUGUCCGAAGAUACCCUCUGGUUUUCUCUCGGAUUCCCUCAUUUUGCCUUGUGAUUUCUUCUUGCCCCAUCUUCCCAGAUGCCGGUCAACAAGGACCCAUCAACUCCUCCUCCCGUCAUCGGGAAAAUCGGUCCGUACACCGUCUUCAUGACUCCUCCGAAACCGCCGGAAUCUCCCGCCGCCGUGACAUCGAAGCCUUCUCCCGUGAUGGCGCCGCCGGUUCAGCCGCCGCCGCCGCAUUUCGAGAAGUCGGUGGCUUCGUACGAACAGAACGGCUCUACCUUGGGAUUCUUCAGAAAUGCAAUCACCAAGGUUCAAAAUGUGCACUCUAGCGUGGAUGAUCAUUUGGUCAGAUGGUUCGGCUUAAACCAAUCCAAGUACCAAUGGGCCUUGGACGAGUACUACGAGAGCAAAGGAUCGGGAAAGAAUGGCUUGAAACCAAAAGAGAUGCCAGGGAGAGUACAGGGCCUGUAGCUGUAAGUCUUUAAUGAUUGGUCGGAUGAGCUUUUGAGACUCAAGUGUUCCAUUAUCCUACAUUACACUGAGUGAGACUCCGACUGAAACAGAGGCAAAGAUUCUAAAGUGUGUUGUUUUGGUAAUGCGCUUGAUGAAAGUUCAGAAGCGUCACUGAGACAGAAAGCCAUCAUCAUAUAUUAAGAUGCCAAUGUGAUACGGUU